AUGCGUACCUACGACGACUCCUUCAGCGGCCAGAAAAUCUACCCCGGCAAGGGCAAACUCUACGUCCGCGGCGACAGCAAGAUCUUCCGAUUCCAAAAUGGCAAGACCGAAUCGCUCUUCUUGCAGCGAAAGAACCCCCGUCGGAUCGCCUGGACCACACUCUACCGGAGGCAGCACAAGAAGGGCAUUUCUGAGGAAGUUGCCAAGAAGCGAUCUCGCCGCACCGUGAAGCACCAGCGCGCCAUCGUUGGUGCCUCGCUCGACGUCAUCAAGGAGCGCCGUUCCAUGCGUCCCGAGGCUCGUUCAGCCGCCCGUGCUGCCGCUAUCAGUGAGGGUAAGGAGAAGAAGGCUGCGGCAGAGAGCAAGAAGAAGCAGGAGAAGGCCAAGUCGGCGUCGGCGGCGGCGAAGGGUCAGACCCAGCGGAUUCAGAGCAAGCAAGGAGCGAAGGGUUCGGCACCCAAGGUCAAAGCGACUACCCGUUAA